UUAAUAAAUGAAAUAAUGAAACGAUAAAUUAAUGGACAUUAAAGUGGAUGAAAAACAACUUGCCGCAGGUGGGAACCGAACCCACAACCUUCGCAUUUCGCUGGUUUAACUUAAUUUAAUUUCCAUUAUUUUAUCGUUUCUUAAUUUCAUUUAUUAAGCACAAAUAAUUUCCCCUAUGUUGUCCUUGGUGUCAGUGUUUGUUGGCUUCUCAUGAUAUGACCGUAGAGAAAGAAAUUAAACUUUAUGCUCUGACGUGGUGUUACCCGUGUAAACGCAUCAUAUGUGAACGUUGCUGCACGUUGUGCACGUUGCUUCGCGCGAGGUAGGUUUUGUGACUUCGCUUUCUGCCGUCGCUUUGCGAAGCGGGAUUUCAAAACGUCGCACCAUGUCAUCUCGAGUCGCAGUGUGUCAUUCGUCUAUGAUUGUGCAACAUUUCCAAUGUCUCUUAUGUUUAUAUUUGGGAAGGAAUACUUCUCAGGUUACAGGUGGUAACAAGGGCAUUGGGUUCAGCAUAGUGAAGUUUCUGUGUCAACGGUUUGAUGGAGAUGUUUUUCUGACCGCCAGAGACGAGACGCGUGGGAAGGCAGCGGUGGCAGAGCUCAACAAGCAGCUGCUGCACCCAAAGUUCCACCAGCUUGACAUUGAUGACCUUGAGAGUAUUCAAAGACUUCGCGACUUCCUCAAGAGCACUUACGGUGGCCUGGAUGUACUUGUGAACAAUGCUGGAAUUGCCUUCAAGGUCAACUCCACAGCCCCAUUUGCAGAGCAAGCAGAAGUCACUGUGAAGACAAACUUUUUUGGCACACUCAAUGUUUGCAAGGAGCUGUUCCCUUUGUUACGCCCACAUGCCAGGGUGGUGAACUUGAGCAGCAUGUGUGGCAUGCUUAAAAGAAUUCCUGGAGAAGAGGUGAGGAAGAGACUCAGCAACCCUGACAUUACUCUGGAGCAACUGUGUGGCCUCAUGAAGGAGUUUGUGCAGGCUGCAAAAGAUGGCAAGAAUGAUGAGACGGGUUGGGGGCACUCUGCCUACAAUGCGUCCAAGGUUGGCAUCACUGUGCUGAGCUUCAUCCAGCAGCGUGAAUUUAAUGCAGACCCUCGUGAAGAUCUUGUCGUAAAUGUGGUACACCCAGGCUAUGUUGACACAGACAUGUCAAGCCACAAGGGGCCUUUGACGCCUGACCAAGGUGCUGAUGCUCCAACAUAUUUGGCUCUUCUGCCUCCAAAUAUCAAAUCGCCCAAAGGAGAGUUCGUUUGGAAUGACCGCACGGUGACCCCAUGGGACAAGUAACAGCAGAAGUCGUCAAUGUUGUGACCAGUGGCAUUGCACUUUUGCAUUAAGGAACUCGCUAGCCUGUUUUGUAUUUGCAGGCCUGACAUUGAGCCUCUGAACAAAAAGAAAAAAGAAAAUCUACCUGCUCGGACUAUCAAAAUAUGAAUACAGGAGUUGAAGCAUCUUAUGAUGCUACAAGUUGUCCAUAUUAUGAAAAUAAAGAUUACUUCGCUCUCUA